AUGUCAAAUGAAGAAGGAUUUCUGAAUAUUUGUAAGAAUUUAUCUGAGGAGUGCUCUGUAAAAGAUGACAUAAUAAAUAGAAUAAUUGAAGAAUUAUGUGAUCUGCAUAAGGAAGAAGAAGAAAAAGGAAAUUAUGCUACAACAAUUCUUAAUUUAAUAGAAAAUUAUUUAGCAAACAAACAGCUUAAACCGGAAGAUAUAAUUAAUUG